AUGGAUUCGACUACUUCAGAGGCAAUUAGCUCAACAAGGGUAACACCGAAUUCAUCUGACCGUCCUCCGGAGCCAUUACCAGUGAAUGAGUCGUACGGGCAUCGUGAAGAUGAGGAUUCAGAGACAAACACUUCUGUAACGCAGUCUCCUACAAAUUCCGAACGAUUAACGUAUGUAUUAGACGAUAAUGCCGAUACGAAAGCUUUACAGUCAUUGUACAUCAAAAACGUGUACGGUGGAGAACCAACAAGUAUUUAUAGAAAGGUUAAAGAUUAUGGUUUUUAUGAAGAAAAUAUGGAAAAGUUUCAUGAGCAUAAGCACGUUUUUGUAAACGUCUUACGCAGUCGACGAAAAGCAUUAGAUACAAAAGUUAAACACCUUAAAGGUACCUGGAAUCAACUAGCAAACAGAUGGGAAGAAAAUAUGCUUCGUGUCGACAGAUUUACAGAGCUUGAUAAAAUGAAAGGCUCUAAAAGAAUGGAGCCUUCUGUGAAGAGGAGUACUCGUAAGGUAAUGAGUAACUUCACUGCAGGAGACAUCGUUCACUCUGAAGAAGAAUUUCUUGCAAUUCUUGCUCGUUUGGAACAACAAGAAAAGGAAGCUGAAAAUGCUGCAAAGAAUUCAGGACUAGCUCAAAUUCCGAACAUGAUUUUAACCGAAAACGACGUCAAGUCGGCCUUUUUUAAUGAUCAAAGCAGACUUGUUAGAAAUUCCUUGGAUUUUUAUCACUUCGACUCUCCUUCUGACAUUUGGACGGAAGAGCAGCAUUCCAUAUUUGUACAGCAAUUACUGCUUCAUGGGAAAAGAUUUGGAAAAAUAGCAGAGGUUGUGCCAGGUAAAAAUGUAAAAGAAUGCGUUUUACAUUAUUACUUGACAAAGAAGAAAUACAAUUAUCGUGAGUUGGCAGCUAGCACAACGAAAACGCGCGGUCGUCGCCGCAGGAAAAUGUCACCAGGCCAGCGAGGCAUUAAGAAAAAGUCCAAGGGUUCUGCGCUUAUGGUAGAUAUAGAAGCAGCGGAUGAAACAAAUAACCAAGAAGAACAUACACCAUCCAUGAAUGAGGAUGCUGCUACAACGGAGCAUGCCGUCGUUGGAAAAGAAGAACAUACACCAUCCAUGAAUGAGGAUGCUGCUACAACGGAGCAUGCCGUCGUUGGAAAAGAAGAACAUACACCGUCCAUGAACAAGGACGCUGCUACAAUGGAGCAUGCCAUCGUUGGAAAAGAAGAACCACCAACCAAAUCAAAAAGUCCGGUGAAGUUGGACGAUUCUGACGUGGAAAUGGAUAGUGACAAAGCUGGCGGUACUGGAGACAAAAGUGAUUUAGGAGCAGAAAAGGCUGCAGAAAUAAAAAGGGUCACACUUGAUACUCAAGAGAAAGAUGCACCAGUUAAAGAAGAAUCAAAUGAGGAUACAUUUAUGGAAGAUGCUUCCCAAAAUAUAGGAAGACAAAGUAUUUCGACGGAAUUGCAAUCAAUACAGUUACAAGAUGCUUCCCAUUUAAAAACUCCUUCCCCUACACAUACUCCUUCAGGAAAACGAAAAAGUAGCUUUUCAAGCAGAAAAGAAAAAGAUGCCGCUUCUGCACUAGCAAACCUAUCUUCCGUGGGUCGAUCGUUUCCUUUUUCAAGUUCUUCAGCUCGAAUGGUUGAGAAACAACUUUCGGGGUGGGAUGAAAAAGAGGAAGCUCUUAUUUUGUCUUUAGCUCAUGGAAUGAAUCCAAUAAAACAACAAACUACGCCAAGAAGAGCUUCAUCCGGUUCAAGAGAUGCACUUAACAAUUUGGAUUUUUUGUCCCCGCAACUAAGCUCACCUUCUAAGAGAAGAGCAAGUGAAUGCAUUACGCCAUCGAUUUCCAAGAUUCUCGAUCCACUCGUUAGCAACGAAGGCCCUCUUCAUUACCGUGCUGAAUCUAAUGUCACUUUCCCUGGCCGAUUUCAGAUUCAGAGACUCCAUGAACGAGAUGUUCACUCAUCGUCUUCUCGGCCGUCGCAUCAAUCGUUUGCAUCUAUUCAUACAUUGGCAGCUUUAGGUGAGGAUUUUGAAGAAGAGCAGACUGAUGAAGAUAAGGAAGCUUCGUCUUCUGAUCAAGAAAUGAACGCUUAA